UCUCUCUGUAUAUAAUCUUCAAACGACCGAAUUUCCGUCGUUCUCAGUUCUCGCGUCAUAUUGAAAUCGGGGUUAGGGUUUUCAGCAGCGAACAAAAGAGAGAUAAUGGGAGUGUACACUUUCGUGUGCCGAAGCUCAGGGGACGAGUGGACGGGGAAGCAGCUCUCCGGGGACCUUGAGGCCUCUGCUUCCUCCACCUACGAUCUCCAGAGGAAGCUUGUCCAGACUGCCCUUUCCGUGGACUCCUCCGGCGGCGUCAGCACUUCUUUCUCAAUCAUCACUCCUUCGUCUGGCGUCUUCCAGGUGGUUGUCGGUGGUUCUGCUGUUGGUGGUGCAGCAGCUGCAGCAGCAGCUCCAGGAGGUGGCUCAGCUCCUGCUGCUGAAGAGAAGAAGGAAGAGGAGAAGAAGCCUGAGAAGGAGGAGAGCGAGGACGAAGAUAUGGGAUUCUCUCUGUUUGAUUAGAGCCCAUCUAUGUUGCUAUGAGUUUGCUAUUAUUGUCUUGAACUGUUACCUAUUUUGUUUUGAGAGGCUACUAUUGCUUGAGAUUAUUACCAGAUCUGUCAAAUUGAAUUGGAUCGCUUGAAAUGUUUUUGAAUCAGAAAUUUUCUAACAGUUUGGUUUAAUGGUUUUAGGCGAUUAUAUGGACACUAUUUUUGCCAGACUCUGUGGACAAUGUUCUCCUGCUGAAUGGGAAUUCUGUUGGUUGUGUUUGGCCUA